AACCAAUAGAUUGAGACUUGAGAGUUGAGAGAGAGAGAGAUGGGCAUUGUGGGGUUUUUCUUUGAUUGACGAAAUUAAUUGAUUUUUGUUUUUUAGCUUUCUCUGCCGACAGAAGACGAGGCCAUAAUAGAGCUUAUAUAGCAGAGCUCUCUCUCCUCUCCCUAAAUUUGGUGGUUGUUUGCAAGUGGGAGUCUUUCUUUACUUUGUUAAGAGGCCUUAAGGUAUGGACUUUUGCCGGAAUGUGUCAGUUUCUGGCGGCCUGCCGUCCAAAUACCCGCCGGAGCAGGUGCUCUCUCCCUCAUGCUCUGAGCUUGGCAGUCUUGAUGACCUCCUCUCUGGUCACAAUACGGAAGGGGAUGUUAGCUUAGAAUGGCUGUCAAUAUUUAUGGAAGAUUGUUUAUCCAGCAGUGGAAAUUGCCUCCCUCCAACAGUGCCACACACAAAUCUUCAAAAUACUACUACUACUACAACAACCCUAAAACCCUCACAACACUUGGAGUUGGAUAAAAUGGUACCACCCCUAACAAACACAUCCUCCAUGCAAAAGUUUGUGAUUCCAGGCAAGGCCAGAAGCAAAAGAAAGAGAGGAGGCCCAGCACCCAAAACAACCCCAUUGACCAGCUGGUCUCAACAUCUUAACCACCCAAAAGACCAAACUACCCCUCGAAUGACUACCAGCUCACACCCUCUUUUGCUCCAACAAGCCUAUUGGUUAGCCGACAGUGAACUCAUUUUGCCCAAAAAUGAAGAUAGCAGCUCAAAAGAGGAGGAGGAGGAGGUGGUGGUGCCACAGGAACAGGAGGAGAUGGUUGUGGUGGUGGGUAAGGGCAGCAGCUUGGAGGGCAGCAUUGGGCAGGGGCAGGGGCAGGGGCAGCAGCCAAGAAGGUGCACCCACUGUCUGGCACAGAGGACCCCACAGUGGAGGGCAGGACCACUGGGUCCAAAGACACUGUGCAAUGCAUGUGGUGUUAGGUACAAGUCGGGCAGGUUGCUGCCCGAGUACAGGCCAGCCAAGAGCCCUACUUUUGUGAGCUACAAGCACUCAAAUUCUCAUAAGAAAGUCAUGGAAAUGAGAAUGUCUCAGCAGUAGUAGUGAUUUCGAAUGAAUGCCUCCUCCCUCAUAAGAAAAAUGAAAUUGGAGGAGGAUUUUAAGUAAGCUUUAGCUUUUAAUGUAGUACUACUUUUAGACCCCUUAUUUGUUCAGGUUUAGUGAUACUAGUAUAUAUACCUAAAUUUUCCUGCACCUUUUAUAUGUAGCCUUUAAUGAAAAUUAAUACCUAUUAUUAUUUUUUUAACUAUAUAUUGAGAAAAUAUUUUGUAGACA